AUGUAUAGCAGACAACAAAUAAAGCAUGUUACAGGAUUCAACCAAAAUAAGAAUCAAAUUUCUCAACAACUUACCCCACUACGAUGCCUUCUCCUAUUGUCGCACUUCCAGGAGGAUCAACUGCUGGAAAUUGCUAGCCGAAGAUACGUGCUGUUGGAGAAUGGUGGCCCUGACUGUGGAUCGCUCUUGAACAGCGAUGCCCGGUUCUAUAGUGGAGUUGCUGAUCUCCAACACAAACGUCCCAAACCAGUACACACAGCUCGAUGGUUAAUUGGAGAAGGAUGGUCGGAGUCGCGACGCAGGGCAGAGGGGAGGCGCUCGGUGGUGAAGAUGGGAGAGCUCAAGCCUCCAGUGGUCGGUGAUCGGCUGGCGCCGAUUCUGUGGCUGAUGCGACAUCGAAGCAGAUCAAGGCGAAGAAAGGGGAUUCGGGUGGAAGCUAGGGCACAAAUCCUCUCCUUGGCCGAAGAUGACUCCGAGGAAGGAAGAAAGAAGCUUGGCUGGCAGUGGCAUCAGGGUGCGUCCGUGCGGAGAUGACCAAGGAAGAAAAGAGGGAAAGUGCAAGGGAGAGGGCUCGACCGAUGGGUUUUGUAUGCGCGGGAGAAGAGGCAUCGUGAGGUGGCGCCGCCGGUUGGGGAAGGCGAUCGGUUGGGGGAGGCGAAGAGCUCGGGGAAGAGGUGGCAGCGGCGCGAGUUCGACAAAGAGGAAGAGGGGAAGUGGAGUUCGACGUGGAGAGGCUAGGGCAUGACUAAAAUGAAUAGAAAAGGGAAAUUAUAACUUAGGUCCCUUUAAUUAAAGUAUAGGUUAAAUUCUUCAAUCAACUCUCAUUUUUGGGUAUUCCAAAUAGGUUUUGCCCAAGCCUAUAAAUGCAUCUCCUUUAAAUAUGUCAUACGA